UCUCUCUAGAAUUUGUGCGUCUGUUUCUCUAUCUGGAUUUUGAUUGAUUUCUUCCCUUCAUCUUUUGGUGCUGAUUUGAGAAUGGCUACAUAUACCCCCGAGAACAUCCUCAUAACUGGGGCUGCUGGUUUUAUUGCAUCCCAUGUGGCUAAUCGGCUGAUUCGGAACUACCCCGGUUACAAGAUAGUUGUGCUUGACAAGCUUGAUUACUGCUCCAACCUUAAAAACCUCCUUCCCUCCCAGUCGUCUCCAAACUUCAAGUUUGUGAAGGGGGACAUCGGCAGUGCUGACCUUGCUAACUAUCUCCUCGUCACCGAGUCUAUCGACACAAUAAUGCAUUUUGCGGCCCAAACUCAUGUCGAUAACUCAUUUGGAAACAGCUUUGAGUUUACCAAGAACAAUAUCUAUGGCACACAUGUCUUACUUGAAGCCUGCAAAGUCACUGGCCAGAUCAGGAGGUUCAUCCAUGUGAGUACUGAUGAGGUUUAUGGGGAGACAGAUGAGGAUGCGGUUGUAGGUAACCAUGAGGCUUCCCAACUUCUCCCGACAAACCCGUACUCUGCGACGAAAGCCGGUGCCGAAAUGCUUGUAAUGGCAUAUGGUAGGUCAUAUGGAUUACCGGUGAUUACAACCCGUGGUAACAAUGUUUAUGGUCCCAAUCAGUUCCCUGAAAAAUUAAUUCCAAAGUUCAUCCUCUUAGCAAUGAGGGGGGAGACUCUUCCGAUUCAUGGGGAUGGUUCUAAUGUGAGGAGUUACUUAUACUGUGAGGAUGUGGCUGAGGCAUUUGAAGUCAUUCUUCACAAGGGUGAAGUUGGCCAUGUUUAUAAUAUUGGAACCAAGAAGGAAAGGAGAGUGAUUGAUGUAGCCAAAGAUAUAUGCAAACUUUUCUCAAUGGAUCCCGAGACGAGCAUCAAGUUCGUUGAUAACAGACCAUUCAAUGAUCAGAGGUAUUUUCUUGAUGAUCAGAAGCUGAAGGUCUUGGGAUGGUCUGAGCGAACUGUAUGGGAAGGGGGCUUGAAAAAGACAAUAGAGUGGUACACCAAAAAUCCCAAUUGGUGGGGAGAUGUGUCUGGUGCCCUGCUUCCACACCCAAGAAUGCUGAUGAUGCCUGGUGGUAGACACUAUGAUUCGGAAGGUGGAAAACUUACGAGCGAUCCUAUGACUCCCCGAUUGAUAGUUCCGACCUCCAAAAGUAGUCACUCUACCCUAAAACCGGCCUUGAAGUUCUUGAUCUAUGGAAGAACCGGGUGGAUUGGAGGUUUACUUGGUAAGUUAUGUGAGAAACAAGGCAUUCCCUUUGAAUAUGGAAGAGGGCACUUGGAAGAUCGAUCAUCGCUUGUGGCAGAUAUUCAAAAUAUAAAGCCAACCCAUGUUUUCAAUGCUGCUGGUGUGACUGGUAGACCCAAUGUUGAUUGGUGUGAAUCUCACAAGACUGAGACAAUUCGUACCAAUGUGGCUGGGACCUUGAACUUGGCAGAUGUUUGCAGACAGCAUGGGCUUUUGAUGAUGAAUUUCGCUACCGGAUGUAUAUUCGAGUACGAUGCUGCACACCCUCAAGGCUCAGGGAUUGGCUUUAAAGAGGAAGACAAACCCAAUUUUAUUGGUUACUUCUAUUCGAAAACCAAGGCUAUGGUUGAAGAGCUGUUGAAAGAAUAUGACAAUGUCUGCACCCUGAGAGUUCGAAUGCCGAUCUCAUCCGACCUAAACUACCCGCGCAACUUCAUCACCAAGAUAUUGCGCUACAGCAAGGUGGUUAACAUCCCCAACAGCAUGACAAUCUUGGAUGAACUUCUACCGAUUUCUAUCGAGAUGGCAAAGAGGAACUUGAGGGGCAUAUGGAACUUUACGAACCCAGGGGUUGUUAGCCACAACGAGAUCCUGGAUAUGUACAAGGCAUACAUCAACCCCAAGUUUGAGUGGGUGAACUUCACAUUGGAAGAACAAGGCAAGGUGAUAGUUGCCCCUCGAAGCAAUAAUGAAAUGGAUGCAUCCAAGUUGAAGAAAGAGUUCCCGGAGUUGUUACCGAUCAAAGAAUCACUGAUUAAGUAUGUCUUCGAACCUAACAAGAGAACUUGA